UUCCCCAAGAUGAACCAACCGAUUUCUCAUCUUAUAACGAAAAGAAAAAAAGAAAAAAAAGAAGGAAACCGACCCCUCCUCCUUUUUCCACUCGAUUCUUUCUUGCUGCACAAGAAGAGCGCCGCCUCGCUCGCCUUAAUCCGCAACCACCCCCGGCCCACAGAGGCAGCCAAACCUCGCCCGCCCGCCGCCCGCAGCCUCCGCUCCCCUCGGUUCCGCAGAUUCCCCCGAGCUCGCCGACGGGACUGCUCCGGCCGCCUCGCUCUCCCGCCGCCGUUGCCCCAUGGCUACGCCGCUGGUAGCUGGGCUGUCGGUAGCUGCUGCUGCGAUGGGGAGCAGAUUCAUGAUUCAGGCAUGGCAGGCCUUUCGAAUCCGGGCUGCGAUGCCACGUGUGCGUAAAUUCUAUCCUGGAGGAUUUGAGAGGGAGAUGAGCAGAAGAGAAGCCGCAUUGAUCCUUGGCGUAAGAGAACGUGCUGCACUGGACAAGAUAAAGGAGGCCCACAAGAGGGUGAUGGUAGCCAACCACCCUGAUGGUGGCGGCAGCCAUUACAUUGCUUCCAAGAUAAACGAGGCCAAGGACAUGCUCAUGGGGAAGGGGAAAUCCGGCUCCAUUUUUUAGACAGUGGAUACAUACGAGAUGGAAGUUAUUUUGCAUUGUUCGCGAUGAGGUAGUGAUUCGCUUUCCAUCGACAUCAUUAACAGUGUUGUGCUGAUACCGUGCAUCUGAACAAAGAUACACCGUAUGGAAACAGAGUAACUUGAGAUGUGGCUGAUGUAAGUUUACCCAGAGGCUCCAGAUAUUAUGCUAACCGUCGUCUGUUGUGACCAUUGGGCUGUCUUACUUGAAAGAUUGUAUAUUUGGGGCUUGUUGCUUACUGAUGUGUGUGUAAGAUAUCAGUUUGUUUCUCAUUGUUUAAUGUCACUGCUGAUAAAAGCAUAAGCUGUUUACGAUCA